UUCUAUUCGUUCAGCUGUAUUCAGCCCUUUUUAACAUUCGACUUAGUUUUUACUACAAAAUGUGUUCGUGUGACUGAAAAUAAUAUUUGUUUAAGUGUCUGUAGAUUAUAAUUAGAACAAAAUAAAUUCAAAGUACAACUAGUUUAAAAAUAAAUUUUUAAAUAAUGAAAAUUGCAAACAAGGGUAUUUACUGCAUCGCAAUACUGACAAUUGCCCAUGUAGGACUUUUGUGUGCGGAAUUGGUAGCCGAAACCAACGAAAAGUUUCGCCAAAAUCUAUUGAGUGGAAUGCCGGACGAUGGGGGAGGAAAAAUUUUGUCUCGAAAAAGACGUUUCUUAUCGUUUCCAGAAGGCAGCUCCUUCCAAGUAGUAUACGAUCAAACGAUUCCUAUUGUGGGAAAUACACUGCUGUUUACGGUGGGAGUAACUGUUGCUGCGGCAUAUCAACUUCCGAACGUGUCACCAUUCGAAGUGCUCCGGAUGCUUCAGGAGAAAAUCGCCGGCGGCUCAUUACUGCGUCGAACAGAUGAAAACGUCAAUAGCACCACUCUCAUCGAUACCAGCACUAGCAACUAUGACAAGUACAAUAAGGAUUCGUACUAUUACUCCGCCCAGAGCAAUCAAAGUUAUUACGGCGGCACAAGCGGGUCGAAAAACAUUUUGAACUAUUAUAACGAUGACCCCCCGCAGCACCAAUCACCGCCAGGCGGUGUAAACCGAAUAAAUUAUUACACGAAUGAAAACCCAAACAUUUUCGAUGGAAAUAAUAAGUAUAAAACAAAGUGGUCACCGCCAUCGGAUAGCAAUGCGCUCUAUGAUAACUUUCCCCCGAGCUUUGUGUUUCCAUUGAACUCAACCCAAAAUGACUGGGGCAGUAUAGUUAACAGGUAUGUACAAGCUUGGAUUCGUAAAUAUCCGCCAAACUUCCCGAUGACCAAAAAACGUUACUAUCCCGUGUUCGGCAAACGGAGCAUCGAUGAGCAUACUCAUCCGGAGGAUAAAUACUUUCUCGAGCAUCAUCGAGCGACACGACAUCAAUUGUAUAGGAAAAUAGAAACUUUCCUAGACGGAAGGGGCAAACACGGACAUCACUGUGUUCUACGAGCUCUGUGCGAGAGCGGCCAGAGAAGAAAUCAGAAAAAACCGGAAUCAUUUCUGCGUGAAAUUUUGAAGGCUGUUUUCAGUAUACCUACUACACAUGAAUUGCCGGUUGACUACACGCAUCGAACAUACGACGAAGCUCACGCACAUACGGGAGACUGUGAGAAAAGGUAUCCUUUCUGCAAGGACAGCAUCUGGUCCGAUGAGUUUGUUUUUUGAUCUGACUCGCCACCGAAUCGCACAUGGGCUUACUACAACAGAACGUUCAAUAACACUGGAUGACAUGGUUUUUCGCAACUAAGCAAAUCCACGGAAAGAGGUUUGAAGACUUAACAAAAGUUCCGAUGGAUGAGGAGAUAACAUAUGAGCUGUCGAAGCACAAAUCUUUCCUUCAAAAUUAGGCUCGAUGUGAUCCUGUCGACCAGUGUAAUCCACCAAAACCAAAUAUUUUGUGUCUAGAAUUUUAGU